GAAGCCUGUAGGUUAACCAGUGCAAGAAGUACCCAGAAGAGCCUGUGGUUCUAGUGAAGCUUUAUAGGUGGCAGAGCCUAUGAGAAUGUGGAAGCCUGGAGAGAUGACUGCCGGCAGACUCUUCCUGGUCUUGAAAGAACACAAGCGUUAGAAUCACGAUGAAUGGUCAUAUUUCCAGUCAUCCCAGUGGUUUUAGAAUGAAUCCAUCUCAAAUGAAUGGCUACGGAUCAUCAGCCACCUUUUCCAUGGACAGAGAUCACAGUUCACGAACAAGUGCAAAGGCUCUUUAUGAACAAAGGAAGAAUUAUGCACGGGACAGUGUCAGCAGCCUGUCAGAUAUAUCCCAAUACCGUGUUGAACACUUGACCACCUUUGUUCUGGAUCGGAAAGAUGCUAUGAUAACUGUUGAUGAUGGGAUAAGGAAGCUGAAAUUGCUCGAUGCUAAGGGCAAAGUAUGGACUCAAGAUAUGAUUCUUCAGGUGGAUGAGAAAGCUGUGAGCCUGAUCGAUUUAGAAUCAAAGAAUGAAUUGGAGAAUUUUCCUUUGAACACCAUUCAGCAUUGCCAAGCUGUGAUGCACUCCUGUAGCUAUGAUUCGAUUCUUGCCCUGGUGUGCAAAGAGCCAACCCAGAGCAAGCCAGACCUUCAUCUUUUCCAGUGUGAUGAGAUUAAGGCAAACCUAAUUAGUGAAGAUAUUGAGAGUGCAAUCAGUGACAGUAAAGGAGGGAAGCAGAAGAGGCGGCUUGAUGUCUUGAGGAUGAUUUCCAAAGCAGACCCUGGUAUACCACCUCCACCCAAAGCUCCUGCCCCCGUACCCCCUGGCACUGUGACCCAGGUGGACGUUAGGAGUCGAGUGGCAGCCUGGUCUGCAUUGGCAGCUGACCAAGGAGACUUUGAGAAACAGAGAACUUAUUACCAGCAGGAAGAAACACCUGAGAUGAUGGCAGCCCGCAUUGACAGGGAUGUGCAAAUCUUAAAUCACAUUUUGGAUGACAUUGAAUUCUUUAUCACAAAACUCCAAAAAGCAGCUGAAGCAUUUUCUGAGCUUUCUAAAAGGAAGAAAGCUAAGAAAGGUAAAAAGAAAGGGCCAGGAGAGGGCGUUUUAACACUGCGGGCAAAACCUCCACCUCCUGAUGCAUUUGUGGACUGUUUCCAAAAGUUUAAACAUGGAUUUAACCUUCUGGCCAAAUUGAAAUCUCACAUCCAGAAUCCUAGUGCUGCAGAUUUGGUUCACUUUUUAUUUACUCCAUUAAAUAUGGUGGUACAGGCAACAGGAGGUCCUGAGCUGGCUGGUUCAGUGCUCAGCCCCCUACUGACGAAGGACACCAUCGAUUUCUUGAAUUACACGGUCAGUGCCGAUGAGAGGCAGCUGUGGAUGUCACUGGGAGACUCUUGGAUGAAAACCAGAGCAGAGUGGCCAAAAGAACAGUUUAUUCCACCAUACGUCCCUCGGUUCCGCAGUGGUUGGGAGCCCCCGAUGCUGAACUUCAUGGGAUCAUCAGUGGAGCCAGAUCUCUAUCAACUGAAUGAGUCUGUGGCAAACGCAGCGGAACAUCAUCGCAAGCAAGAAACAAAGAGAUUAUCCACAGAGCACUCCAGUGCAUCAGAGUAUCCUUCAGCUGAUGGGUACACGGCACUCAAUAACAUUUAUGGAAGAGGGCCCCAUUCGGACCAAGGGGAGGCUGCUGUUGCUUUUAAGCCAACUCCUCUUCGCCAUGUAGAUAGAAAUUAUGAUCUACAACCCAAGAAAUACGCCAAAUCCAAGUAUGACUUUGUGGCAAGAAACAACAGUGAGCUCUCAGUUCAAAAGGAUGAUAUCUUAGAGAUCCUUGAUGACAGGAAGCAAUGGUGGAAAGUUCGAAAUGCAAGUGGAGACUCUGGAUUUGUGCCAAAUAACAUUUUGGAUAUCGUGAGACCUCCAGAAUCUGGAUUAGGGCGAGCUGAUCCACCUUACACACAUACCAUACAGAAACAAAGGAUGGAGUAUGGCCCAAGAGCAACCGACGUUCCUUCUGCCCCAUCACCUCCUCCAACACCAGCUCCUGUCCCUGUCCCCCUCCCACCUUCCACUCCAGCACCUGUUCCUGUGUCAAAGCUCCCGGCAAACAUCACCCGUCAAAACAGCAGCUCCAGCGACAGUGGUGGCAGUAUCGUACGAGACGGCCAGCGACAAAAACAAGUUCCUGUGGACCGGAGGAAAUCUCAGAUGGAGGAAGUGCAGGAUGAACUUAUCCACAGACUGACCAUUGGUCGGAGCGCCGCCCAGAAGAAGUUUCACGUGCCACGGCAGAACGUGCCAGUUGUCAAUAUCACUUAUGACUCCACCCCAGAGGAAGUGAAGACGUGGUUGCAUUCAAAGGGCUUCAACCCUGUGACUGUUAAUAGUCUUGGAGUAUUAAAUGGUGCACAGCUUUUCUCUCUCAAUAAAGAUGAACUGAGAACCGUCUGCCCAGAAGGGGCCAGAGUCUUUAGCCAAAUCACUGUUCAGAAAGCUGCAUUAGAGGAUAACAGUGGCAGCUCUGAGUUGCAAGAAAUCAUGCGAAGACGACAGGAAAAAAUCAGUGCUGCUGCAAGCGACUCAGGAGUGGAGUCUUUUGAUGAGGGAAGCAUCACUAAUUAGUUUCAGAAUUCCAUCAUUCUUGGCAUGUUUCCACCAUGCUUUGUUUUAAGAAGCCAUGACAGGAAUGUCAGAGUCGUCUUCUUGGUGUACAGAAUCUAUCGCCAUAAAGAAACAAUGCAGACCUAAGUAAGCAGAGGACUUGCUUCUGGGCCCAUUAUUUUUAUUAAAAUUAAAAAUUUUCAGCAGAAUUUUUGACCUUGGGAAAUAUUUUGCAUAUUCGACCAAGGUGAGGUUUCCUUCAAUGGAUUAAUUAUUUCAUCUCAGUCUCAAUGCAUAAGCAGAUUUUUUUGACAGUGGUGAAUUUAUUAAUUGCAGCAAAACAAAAAGAUAGAUAUGCCCAUGAUUCAAAAUCUAAAUAUUUUUAGUUUUGCCUGUGACUGUGUUGUGUAUCAUCCAGGGUGUAGCUUACUUUAGGCUAGUCUCUGCUUACUUAGGUCUCUUCUUUGACAUAUAGACUAUUUAGAUUUAUUUAAAGUUCUUAAUGCCAACAGUUUAAAAAAAUUGAAACAUGUAAUGAAUUGUAAAGUACAACAAGGCCUUGGACAUACAAAUAGAAACCUUUGGAACAUUCCUGAGACGUUUUAUUUGUCAUGGCUCUGUUGUUCACAAUUCCUUGUAUAGCUUGUAUUUUGAUUUAGUUUAUAUUCUGCUUAUUACCUAUACUGUGUUCUUAUAUAUUAAGAAAGCACAAGUGUAAAAGAGGUCACAUACAUUCAAAAUCUGUCACAGGAAAUAGCCUGCAUUGGUGUGUGUUACAGUAUUUUGCUUAAUGAAGGCCUCAGUCCUGAAUAUUGAUAUAAGUAGUUAAAAGCAAAUUGGGGCCAUCUUAUGUGUUUAUUCAUGUCAAGUUUUUCUGGUAAUAAGAAAUAAUCUACACAUAUUUUGAUCCUGUGAAAGAUUCUAGGUAGAGAAAAGAAAGAGACCUAACCUUCAACAAAGUUAUUUUUGGAAACAUGAUUUUUGUCAUUAAAUGUUAUAUUAUUUCACAUAUAUAAAACAGAUGUUAUGUAAGAAUGUUGUAUAUUUUAACAUAAACCCAUUUAGAGAGAUUAUCUAGUUUCAUUAAUUUUCAUAGUGCCUUUUUCACAUGAGUCAGCUGGAGAGUCUGCAAUAAACAGUAUUUGCUGUAUGUUAA